UCCACGUGGGUUCUUAGCCGCUGUAUAUACACUUCCUGAGCGAGAAUGACCAAAACUAAGAGAAAGUGCAAUGAGGACUCCCCUGUUUCACCAAAAAAGGCUCGCACAAUGGUGGAAACGGCAGCUCCAAUUUUGCAGGAGUGUGACGUGGAGGAGGGAGCAGAGAUGAAGGAAAAACAGCAGGGAAAGCUUUCAAGGUUCAGAAUUGGUAAAGCCACCAGAAAAGUGUUGAAGGAGAAAGGGAUCAAGUUCCUCUUUCCAAUUCAAUACUUCACUUUUGAUCAUAUAUAUGAUGGGAAGAAUGUCAUUGGUCAAGCAAGAACUGGGACUGGGAAAACAUUGUCAUUUGCGCUCCCAAUACUUGAAAGGAUGUCUGCUGAGAAUGGAAUCAGAUCAGCCAGUGGUCGACCACCGUGCACCUUGGUGAUGGCUCCUACCAGAGAAUUAGCAAUUCAAGUUUCUGAACAGUUCAAAAUGUUGGCUCCGUGUGGUGUGCAAGUUUACUGCAUUUAUGGUGGUGCUCGAUAUGAACCCCAGGAAUCAGCCAUGAAAAGAGGGAUCGAUAUUCUUGUUGGUACACCUGGAAGAAUACUGGAUCACAUGAACAGGGGAAACCUCAAUCUUACAAGUUUAUCACAUGUGGUGCUUGAUGAGGCCGAUCAGAUGCUGGAGAGAGGUUUUUCUGAAACCGUAGAAGAAAUAUUGUCAGCGUCAUACAGGAAAGACAACAUCUCACUGCCACAGAUGAUGUUAUUUUCUGCUACAGUACCAUCUUGGGUUGAAGAUAUGGCAAAACGCUACAUGGGAGAUGACCGAGUUGUAGUUGAUCUCAUUGGAAAGCAGAGAGUACGGACAGCCGUCACUGUGGAGCACAAAGCCAUAUGCUGUCCAUAUCAAGAGAGACCUACCGUCAUCAAUGACGUUAUUCAGGUGUAUAGUGGUAGUCAUGGCCGCACGAUGGUGUUCACCCAAACAAAACUGGAUGCUGAUGAGCUAGCUGUCAAUCCAUGUCUCUCUCAGGAUGCUAGGGUACUGCAUGGAGAUAUAGUGCAGAAACAAAGGGAAGUUACACUGAAGGGUUUUAGAGAGGGGAAGUUCCCUCUAUUGAUAGCUACUGAUGUCGCAGCCCGUGGGUUAGACAUUCCGGAAGUGGAUUUAGUUGUACAGUGUGAGCCUCCAAAGGUAUGUAAACUAAUCAGAGCAUUAUUAACCCUCAGCCUGCAUGCACAAGAGGGUUGCGGUACUUGGUUCGUAAGUCUGUCUGUCUGUCCACUCUGCUUAUUCUGGCAUCUCGCACUAUGAUAUGCGCAACAAAGGACACGAGUAAAUCAAGAUUAAAAAGCCGUCUUCUCUAAAACCACUUACCUGGA